AUGCCCGCUGCCGUCACUGCAAGAUAUGCGGCUGUUUCUGCUGGCGCUUCGUCGUCUCGCAUCGCUCUCGCUCAGCCAGCACUGGCACGUUCCACCGGUCGUGCUUUCUCGACCACUCCUCUGGCCAGCAGCAUCAACAGCAACCGCGGCCAUAGCCCUUUCAAGCCAACAGCUCCAGCCUUCUUCUCCGCCAGCUCCUCGGCUUCAUCUUCCACACCUUCGGCAUCAACCACUGCAACCACCAACCACCUCAGCUGGGACAAGUACCUCCAACUGCGCAAGUCACGUCGUCUAGCCGGCAUGGUCACCACCAUCCCCACCACCUUGCUCGCAGGCGCUGCUGCUGGAUCCUACUUUCUCACGCUCGAAAUCGAUCCUAGCAACACCAUUGCUGGUCUCGAUCCCAUCUACAUCAACGCCGGCCUCACGCUCGCCUGCACUGGUCUUGGCUGGCUUACCGGCCCUACCGUAGGCACCUCGAUCUGGGGCCUGCUCCAUCGCAAGAACGCUACCCAGAUUGCGCAGAAAGAUCACGACUUUUAUGAGCAUAUCAAGCGCAACCGUGUCGACCCUACGCGUCAGUCGGUGCAGAACCCUGUGCCGGACUACUAUGGCGAAAAGAUCGGAAGCAUCAAGCAGUACCGACAGUGGCUUAGAGACCAGGCCGCCUUCCGACGCAAAGCAGCACACGGACUCGAACAAGAUGCAUGA